AUGAAAGCAUUCUCUCGGAAAUUGAGGGGAAUGAAGUGGUGUACCUACACCUCCAUAAACACCGUAGUCGAGCAAGAUGACGCCACACACUAUCCGGUGGAAUUUCUCAACUCCCUCACAGCAAGUGGAUUUCCAGCACAUAACAUCAAGCUGAAGGUUGGCGUCCCGAUCAUGCUUCUUCGGAACCUGUCUCCUCCGAAGUUGUGUAACGGGACCCGCCUUAAAGUCAUCUCACUGCAUAGAAAUAUUAUCGAGGCGGAAAUUUUGACGGGUUGUGGCGUCGGCGAGGCAGUGUUUACACCACGCAUUCCCCUCAUACCUCAUAACUACUCCUUCCAGUUCAAGCGCGUGCAGUUCCCUGUGAGUGUUUGCUUCGCGAUGACUAUCAAUAAGUCACAGAGACAGACACUGAAGGCUGCGGGUGUCGACCUAAGGACGAGCUGCUUCUCACACGGACAACUGUACGUCGCUUGCUCCCGCGUCACCAGUCCUGACUCUCUAUACAUUUUGGCUACUGAGAGCAAAACUACAAAUGUAGUUUAUAGAGAAAUUUUAUAA